AUAUAGUGAAUGCAGGGUCCGGGGGGAGCAGAUAUAGUGAAUGCAGGGUCCGGGGAGAGCGGAUAUAGUGAAUGCGGGGUCCGGGGAGAGCGGAUAUAGUGAAUGCAGGGACUGGGGGGGAUCAGAUAUAGUGAAUGCGGGGUCCAAGGAGAGCGGAUAUAGUGAAUGCGGGGUCCGGGGAGAGCGGAUAUAGUGAAUGCGGGGUCCGGGGAGAGCGGAUAUAGUGAAUGCGGGGUCCGGGGAGACCAGAUAUAGUGAAUGCGGGGUCCGGGGAGACCAGAUAUAGUGAAUGCGGGGUCCGGGAGGACC